CAAAUUAUUUUAAAAGAGUAACGCAAUUGUUGAAGAACCCAAACCGUUGAAUAAUAGAUGACCCACACGCAAUUGCCUCUUGAAAGUUGAAACCUUUCCUCUCCCACUCCCACUUCUCACUCUCACUCUCGCUCUCGCUCUAUCUUCUCUAUGUUUUUGAAGAGGGUUCCGAUCAAAAUACCAAAAAAUGGGCAGGAAAGCUUCGAGGCUCGCAGAGAAGUCACAGAAGCAUGAGAGCAUGAAUCCCUCUGUUGAUGGCUCGGAAGUGGAGCCUGAAAGCAAUAAUGCCUCAGAAAAAGCAGACAUACAAACUGAGAGCCCAAAUCCUACCUUGGAGAGGGUGGAACCAUCACAAGCAAAUUCCAAAACAUAUAUUAGGAAGAUGGUACUGAAGAAAGCCCCUACUGCAGUUAGGCGAUCUGGACGUCUGCAAAACACAGUUUUGACUACAGAGAACCAGGAUAUUGAGCGUAUUUUUGAAGAGAUAACUGUUAGCGAAAGUGAGAAAGAAGAUGAACCAGCAGAUGGAGAACUGCCAGAGCAUGUGCCUCCUUCAGAGGAAAAAACCGUUUAUGAAAAAGUUGACUAUAUUGUACAACUUCUGGAGGCACAAAAGAUGACUAUGGAUGAACUGACUUCUAGGGCAACUGGGAAAUCAUCCUCUGGUGAAAGCUCUGGUCUGGCAGAUGUCACAUACAAAGGCUUGUAUAUUGAUUCCCAAAAGAAGGUUGAAGCUUUAAUGGCGGAAAAUUAUAAGCUUAACAAGCUGUUGGAAAAUGCUCUUGGCAAAAUUGAAGUUUAUGAGAAAGGAAAUCACAUCAGUUCCGAUGUGUUGGAGAAGUUGAAAGAUAUUUUCUUGUGCUCUAGUCUGACUAGAGCCACUGAAGCAGCUCUAAUGUCUGGAGCAAUACGAGGCCCUGCUGAAAAUGGUCUCGAGUGCAGGAGUUCUAAGAAAAAGAGACUCGAUUAAGAAACAUAAAAGAAUGGAGAUUUACUUUUUGCUGAUGAAUCAUGUUAGAAAUAGUUGCCUGUUAUGCCCAUAACUUAACUACUGAUAAGAGUACCAAACCGAUCACAUUUUGUGCAACCGCCUGAUGGGAUCAUGUCAUGUCUCUUUUGGUUAAAUUUUAGUGAGCAAUGGUUUUUCUUCUAGUGUAAAUCGGUUCUGUUGAGCUCUUUUCUUGGUCAAGAAUAUGCAGAAUGAAAUUCAGAAAGAAUGAGAUCGGAAGAGCAAAAAUGUCAUUUACUUUUGUAUUCUGAUAAUAUUCUUGUAGAAACUGUAUGCUCCACUGUUGAGGCAAGACAUCCUUCACAUAUUGUUACCCCAAGUUAAAACCCAAAUGAAUGCAUAAAGCAAAAUGUCUAGUC